AUGGGUACGAAGACUGAUGGUGCUCCACCAACCCCGGCCGAAUUGGAUAAAGCCCUUCUGAAGCUACACCCGACUCCGAUUUCACCCAUGGGAGUUCAGCAACAACCGCGACCUAAAGAGCCAGUCCCGAUUCCAAUGCCGGAAUGCCAGACAAUGACUGGAGCUCAAAUCGGUAUGCAAAUGCGUAAGUUCCACAAGAAACACUUGGCUAAACACCUCUCCGAUCCGGUACAUAGGGUCGUCUUCGAAGAUAGUGAUAUCGGAACUGAAUCGGCCAAGCGCCAGUCAUCGCUAUUUUUAACCAGAACGCCCGCAAGAAAGAAUCCCCAGAAUCACCCAGACUCGACCGAUGUCUCGGAUGUUGAACUGGAACAUGAAGAAAUGGAUUCUGUCACCCUGAAUUAUCUUGAGGCUCAGCGAUUAGCACAGCGAAAUCAACUCGUUCGCAUUGAUGGCUAUCUCGAUGAUAUGAAAAUGCAGCGCGCCGAACUGCAAAGACAUCAAGCUUUGAUAGAAGCCAACAAAAAGGCAAAUAGCUUUGAAACGCAUAAGGCUGCUGAAGAUGAAGAAAGUUGCGCAAGGAUUCGGUUAAAACCUAGACCAUUCUGGUGCACCGUCACCCGAGAAAAAUUGCCUGAGAAGCCGCCAAUCGAUUUCCCACAAUUUGAGCCCUCAACUUCCAACACAAUGUCGAGGUAUGCAUUUGUGGAUGACCGUGUACAUAUGCGAAUUACACCCGGUGUUGAAGAAGUGCCCUUCAGCCGGCGGUCAGAAGCUAUUUUCCACCAACUCUCAAUUGCGCCUGAACUCAGCAAGCGCAGGAGAAUAGACCAGUGCGCAUGGAAAAAUAUUGAUCUCAUGGGCAGCGAAGAGUCCAGAUGCCUACCAAAUCCAUACAUUGUCGAAGAGGAGCCAAAGGCGCGGAGACCAUCUGGCUCACUCAAAACCCGGUUCCAGGAUGAAUCCGAGAAAGAUUCAGACUUUGAAUAUGAAAGUGAUGAUGAGGUGUGCUUACCGAAAUCCAAGCGAAGGGAGGCGCGGAAGAAAGACCGAAAGAAAAGGGCAGAAGACCCAAAACCACGCAGUUCUGUCCCUCAGCGUAGGUUUGAUAUCGAUGACGUAGUAAUUGAUUACGGAGGAGAUUAUGGAAUAUCGGGACUUCCGGAAAAGAUUGAAUACAAGGAAAUCAGCACCCCUGGAUUCCGGGAGUUUGUUUUCCCUGAAGAUCUCGUGCUCGAUUGCGAACCGGAAGCAGCGCGCCAGCAAGACGCCGCUCACCGUCAAUUCCUCGAAGAAUUACAUGCCGAGAAGCUUGCGAACGAACGUCGGGCCCCAGCUGCGGAAAAGAAAACUAAACCCGAAUUCACGAUAGACGAG